GCGGUUGGUUGUUUUUCCGGCCUCCAUUUUAGACUCCCUGUAAGAAGAGGGGAGGCUGACCCCAUGACUGGCCCCUGCUCGCUCGCGGGGCGGUAGCGGUGGGGGCGGGAGGUUACGUGGAGGCCCGCCUCGGGCUCUUGUUGCGCGGGGCCGGUGUGUGACGCCGCUCAGAGGUGCCCUCCUCCCGCCCCGAGGCCGGGCAGGCAUUGAGCUGGAAGCAACUCCCAGCGGGCAGAGAUGGGCGCCCGGGGCCUCCCCGCAAGCCAAGAACGCUUCUCCUCCUCCUCCUCCUCCUCCUCCGCCUUCUGCCACUUCUGAGCCUGCUGUCCCUCUUCCGCCUCCUCGACCUCGGCGCCUGGGCCGCGGCUAGCCCCAAUGGAGACCCCCGGGGCGGGACCGCCCGUCACCCUCAUCAUCAAAGCGCCCAACCAGAAAUACACCGACCAGACCAUCAGCUGCUUCCUGGACUGGACCGUGGGCAGGCUGAAGUGCCACCUCUCCAAGGUGUACCCCAGCAAGCCGUCUACAAAGGAUCAGCGGCUGGUGUAUUCUGGCAGAUUGCUUCCUGAUCACCUGCAGCUGAAAGAUAUUCUCAGAAAACAAGAUGAAUAUCACAUGGUUCAUCUAGUUUGUUCUUCACGGACACCCCCAAGUUCUCCAAAGCCUGACACUACUAGGGAAAACAAUAGCUCUUCAGCAUCUAGCAAUGUCUCGAGUUCUGAACAUUCAGGAUCAACAACUCCUUCCCCAUCUCAAGAAACUUUACAUACUGCUGUGAGCAGUAGCCCUGAUGGUGUGAGACAUCGCAACCUCCCACAAGCACAAAGCAAUCCAUUCCCAAGCCAUCCAUUCCCAUAUAUAAUGCAAGGCAAUGUAGGAAACCAGUUUCCUGGGCAAGGAGUGCCAGCUGGAUUUUCAGUGUAUCCUGCUUUCAGCCCUCUACAGAUGAUAUGGUGGCAGCAGAUGUAUGCACGGCAGUAUUAUAUGCAAUACCAAGCUGCAGUUUCAGCCCAGGCAACACCCACCACUGAUUCCAGUAGUCCUCCGGUUCCUCAGCCCACAAAUUCUGAGCGUGCUCCUGCAAAUGAGCCCCCAGCAGUUCCAAAUGUAGCCCCACAGGAGAACAGGCCUGUAAAUCAGAAUGUCCAGAUGAAUGCUCAGGGGGGCCCAGUAAUGAAUGAGGAAGACUUCAAUCGAGACUGGCUAGACUGGAUGUACACCUUUUCCAGAGCAGCUAUUCUCCUAAGCAUUGUAUAUUUCUAUUCCUCCUUCAGUCGGUUUGUGAUGGUGAUGGGAGCCAUGUUACUGGUUUACCUACACCAAGCUGGGUGGUUCCCAUUCAGGCAAGAAGGAAUCCAGCAGCCUGCAGCAAAUAAUGCAGAUGUGAACCACGAUGGGCAAAAUGUAAAUAAUGCCGGACUUGAAGAGAUGGAACGCCUUAUGGAUGAUGGGAUUGACGAAGACAGUGGUGAAGAUAUAGUUGAUGUCAAUACAGAACAGCAUCCUGGAUUUAUGGCUUCCGCAUGGUCCUUCAUCACAACCUUCUUUACAUCCCUCAUCCCUGAAGGGCCUCCACAGGUUGGCAACUAAACAAAGGAAGACCUGUCAGUAGUACAGCAGCUAUGCUUUGAAGUGGAAGUUGACUCUAGGGGGGUAUUUUAAAUACAGUGCAAUUUCAAAAGAUUUAUAAUGUAAACUUUCUGAUCAUGGUGUACAAAAAUGUGUAUUUUUUCAUUUUCAGCUUUUUCAUGCUUAUGGAUAUUUUAAAGCAAAAGUGGACUACUAAAUGCUUUUUUAAAGUUGUCUUCUUUAUAGAAGAAAAAAACGUAAAACUAUUGGUCUUCCAUAUUAUUGUUUUAAUUGUGUUAACACUGAGACAAGCUUGUAGUUGGUAUGCAAUGUCAUCCCUUUAAAGAGUUGUUAAAUUACAAGUGUCAGCAGUAAUACUUAAGAAGUAAGAUCCUUCACAGUAAAAUAGAACAUGUGUAGGAAUCUGUGUGUGUGUGUGUGUUUUGUUACCAAUUGCUUAAAGCAAAUUGUAUCACAGUUUGGGGCAACUCAGUCUUGCCAGCAUCAUGUAUCUCUCCUUCAUCACUCACACACAUAAUAGCAUAGAUAAAACAGCAGCUCUUCAAAGGGAACAGGCAGUUAUGGAGUACACUACAAACUGUUAAUACAUGCUGUUCUUUUUUUUUUUUUAAUAUGUGUACUGGGAAGCACAGACUCAUGUAAUUAGUUUUUUAAUUAAAAGGCUACAUUGAAAAGAAUAA